AAUAUAAUUUCGAGGCUGAAAUUCAAUUCGUCGGUUCCAUCGGUUUUCUUUUGUGACGACGUGGAAGUGACAGGGCUGCCACACCCUUAUCGCGAAAUGAAGCUCCAUAGCCAUGGCGGCCUCAGUGGUGGACCUGUACAUGCGAGCUCUACCGUCCAUCGGUCACGGGAUGCUGCUCCGGCGGAUUCUCUCCGGCGGAAUUCGAUUGCGGAGUGUCGAUUUGUUGGGGGAAUUUCAACAAGGAGAAACAGCUUUGCAAUUUCAAUUAGGCAAAAUAGCCACUCAAGUUUUUAUGUUCAUUGCCUCCGGUUUUCACAUGAAGAUUCGGAGUGUUCCGAUGAGGUAGGGCAAAAAUCAGCCGUGCAAAUACUCAGUACGAGACGAGCCAUGCUUGGCGUUCCAUUAAUUGCAAUCGGCGCACAGUUUCUACAAUCAGCGGUGGUCAGAGCGGAAGAGAAGGCGCCAGAGACAGCGAUUCCGGUGCUAGACGCGGUGAAAUCGCCUCCGCCUCUAGCUUCGACACCCGAGGAGGAAUCAAUUACUUCGAGGAUUUACGAUGCGACUGUCAUUGGAGAGCCUUUAGCUGUGGGGAAGGACAAGAGUAAAUUAUGGGAGAAGAUAAUGAAUGCUCGGGUCGUCUACUUAGGGGAAGCCGAACAAGUUCCGAUUCGAGACGAUAAAGAAUUGGAGCUUGAAAUUGUGAAAAACUUGAAAAGAAGGUGUGAUGAAAGCGAAAGGGUAUUAUCUCUGGCUCUAGAAGCGUUUCCUUCCAAUUUGCAGGAGCAGCUCAACCAGUACAUUGACAAGAAGAUCGAUGGGGAAACUCUGAAGUCCUACACCUUACAUUGGCCACCACAGCGCUGGCAGGAGUACGAACCUCUUCUAAGUUGCUGUCGUGAAAACGGAGUUCGUCUUAUUGCUUGCGGUUUACCUCUCAGGGUUUUGAGAACUGUACAAGCAGAGGGUAUUAGGGGGCUUUCAAAAGCCGAUCGCAAAGUAUUUGCUCCACCAGCUGGUUCAGGUUUCAUCUCUGGAUUCACAGCUAUAUCACGUAGAGCUUCAGUUGACCUGAAUUCUUACCCGUCCAGUCCUUUUGGUCCAAGUUCAUAUUUAUCUGCCCAAGCAAGAGUAGUUGAAGAAUAUGCUAUGUCACAAAUUAUUCUACAAGCCAUGGCAGAUGGUGGAGGAACUGGUAUGCUGGUGGUUGUGACAGGUGCGAGCCAUGUUGCUUAUGGAGCUAGAGGCACUGGCCUGCCUGCAAGAAUCUCGAGAAAGGUACCGAAGAAAAACCAAAUAGUUGUUUUACUUGAUCCCGAAAGACAACAAAUGCGGAGAGAGGGUGAAGUUCCUGUUGCAGAUUUCUUGUGGUAUUCUGCUGCCAGACCCUGCAGCAGAAACUGUUUUGAUCGUGCUGAAAUUGCUAGAGUUAUGAAUGCAGCUGGAAGAAAGCGAGAUGGUCUUCCCCAGGAUAUCCAAAAAGGGCUGGAUCUGGGUUUAGUAUCACCAGAAGUAUUACAGAACUUCUUUGAUCUGGAGCAAUAUCCUCUAAUUUCAGAGCUUACGCAUCGUUUCCAGGGUUUUAGGGAAAGAUUGUUGGCAGAUCCUAAAUUCUUGCAUAGAUUAGCAAUAGAAGAAGCCAUUUCGCUAACAACUACUCUUAUAGCACAAUAUGAGAAGCGAAAAGAGAACUUUUUCCUGGAACUUGAUUACGUUAUUACAGAUACCUUAAGAGGUGUAGUUGUUGAUUUUUUUACUGUCUGGCUCCCUGCACCGACCCUCGCAUUCCUUUCUACCGAUGACCUCGAUGCUUCUGGAAGCACUGAUAUUUUACAAGGUCUACUUGGAUCUAUCCCAGAUAAUGCCUUUCAAAAGAACCUUGCUGGAAAGAAUUGGGACCUGAGUCACAGGAUCGCAUCUGUAGUUUUUGGUGGCUUAAAGCUUGCUAGUGUUGGAUUUAUUUCCAGUAUUGGGGCCGUGGCUUCCUCAAACGCUUUGUUUUCUGUUCGUCGAUUCCUCAAUCCAGCAUUGGCGACUAAGCAACGAAAUAAGAGAUCUCCAAUACUUAAAACAGCUGCAGUUUAUGGGUGCUUUCUGGGAAUAUCAGCAAAUCUACGAUAUCAGAUUAUUGCUGGAAUAGUGGAGCAUCGAUUUUCUGAAGCAUUUUCUUCUCAAAUUGUGCUUGUAAAUAUGGUCUCAUUUGUUGCUCGAACAUUAAACUCUUAUUGGGGUACCCAGCAAUGGAUCGAUCUCGCACGGUUUACUGGAUUACAAACUCGAGAAUUGCCCUCUAACCAAGUCCAAGAAUCUCCGAAUCCUGCAGCGUUGGGAUGUAAUGUCACCGAAGAGGCAACUCAAGCAAGCACCGAUGAACUCAAGAACAAUUAAGGUGAUACUCUAACAUUCAUCACGCAUCCAAAAUAACUUGUAAAAUUCAAUUCGGAUGCCACAUAAGAUAUCGAUUUGAUCCUCUGGGCCUAUUUUUCUCAUUCGCCAUUGUGUUGUAAGCUACAUAAUGUCGUUCAUUUAAUGCAAUUUUGAUGGAAGUUGGAAGAGUAUAAAUAAAAAGGAAUUAUAUUAUUCGUUUAUAUCAAAAUCAACUGAUGUAACGUGACAGGCAUUUUACAGUAAUAUUGAUGUGAUUAAUGAAGAACAUUUAGUACA